UCACAACUCUUAUCUCAUCCUGACCUGACCUCCAGGUAAUUCCCAGCAUGAAGUUCCUGACCCUGCUCUCUGCCCUUCUCCUCCUGACCCUGCAUGGGCAGGCUCAGCCCGUGGGAGAGGCACCUGACCAGCUGCCCACAACCCAGGAACAAGUUCCCAUGACUAAUGAGGACACCCCUCUGGACCAGACUAUGACUGAGGAGCAGGGCAUGGCCAUCUCCAUUACAGGUGAUGAACAGCUUGCUGAAGAUGCUACAGGCUCUCGGAGAAGCAUGAAGUGCUACUGCAGAGUGAGAAGGUGUGAUCCCUGGGAGCGCCGUAUUGGAUACUGUAGCACCAAGCUAAAGCUUUGCUGUAAAUGAGCUUUGUGGGCGAGACUCAAAGCUGUUUGCCUUCCUGCUGUAUACCCAGAAAAGCAUUGACUCUUCAUGAUUUGUAACCUUCCUUCUCUUGGUUGAAUAAA